AACAUUACUUUUUGGGUUUUUUGCUUUAAUUCAUGUGGUUGAUUAACCAUAUAAAGUUAAAAUAUUUGUAGGUCUUGCGGCAUUACGAGCAAAGUAAUUGGGUUCUCAUGCUAGAUGAGAAAAUUAGUUUUGUUCUAUCCAUCUGUUUUUUGAACUUCAACUCGCUGUCUUAUAAUUGUCGCAGCCGGACGAAUUUCAGAGGGUGGAUAAUUUUGUACGCUGUACAGACCUAAAGAUAACCAUACCGCUGGAAACCAAACGGUCUACCGGAAGCGGAACUGGACAACAUGGCAAGUGACUUCCAGUCAACCGUAUGCAUUUCAGGCGCAGUAUUGAUGUUGUUAUUUUCUCUUAUGGCAGUGGUACUGAAUAGUUGUCUUCUGAUUGUGUUGUACAAAGACCGAACUAAAUCACUCAAGUCAACAACUUUACUUUAUGUCACAAGCCUGGCUAUUCUGCAUCUGCUGUUUGGAAGCGUAGUCAGUACAGCGGCAGCAGAAAGCUACAUAACUUGCGCACAGGAUAUCGAAGAUACCGCUCACUCUAUGAGCGCUUUUUCAAGAAUAUCCUUCUCAUUGUUGAUCCGCACAGAAAACUAUGUUAUGCUCGCAUUUUCGGUGGAGAGACUGGGAAAUAUUUCUUAUCCAGUUUUCCAUCCUCGUGCAGAUAAAAUGAAAAAUACUCUGAUAGGUUUGGCAAGCAUUGUCGUCUACUCUGUGGGCUUUUCAAUUUUCGAGAUAGCUGCCGCUCAGCGGUGGAUACGAAAGUUAGAUUUACAUUUCAACGUGGUUAUUCCACUCGCCGCCACGAUUACAUUAACAGCACUGCUUUACAAAGCGUUGAGGAGAUUUAAUGGCCUAUAUGCGGAACAAGACCCCCGUGAUAGUUCCUCUGGAAAAAAAUCAAGAUGCAGAACAAGACUCAAAAAACAAAUACUCCUGUCGAGCGCGUUUAUAUUUGUGGUACUCCUUUUUGCCAUUUCUUUGUUGCCAAAUUGGAAUUUACUAUUGUACGAGGUUUACUGCUCAAAUUGUGCACAACAUGAUUGGUUUUUCGCAGCCUUUCGGUUGUGCGUCGCAUUCACCUUCCUUCGUACUGCACUGACGCCUUCCAUCUAUUACAUUCGUAUUCCUGAGUUUCGAAAAGGAGUCAAAAUGGUGUUUUGUGGAAUGUUCGAAGAGCAAUCAUUUAGGGUAAAACUUUUUAGUCGUGGUAAAAAUUCUUCUGGGAAAGUAACGGUGAUAUAUCUCUAAGCUGUGCAGGUCGCACAGCGUUAAAAUAAGCCU